AUGAUCUCCAGCAACUUGGGCAAGUCAGUGCUGAAUUGGUAUCGCGCGUUUAUCGCAGAGUGUGAGGAACGGUUAAGAGAAGAGACAGCAAGGAAGAUCAAGGAAGAGAGUUUUUCGACACUGCAAGAUGCCAUUGAGAUUGCGUCAAAUUUUGAGUUUGCGCACUACUCGGGAAAACCCCCAAGUGCUCCUGCGAGGGGUUCGCAAAGAACGUCAAGCUCGAGGCAUCGUGCGCCUAAGUCGAAGCAGCAUAAUACAAAGCGCUCCGAUAAUAAGAAAGCCAAGAGCGAUGAUUGGAAGAAGACAGCUAAGUGCAGAAAUUGUGGCAAAGUUGGUCACAUUUCUCCCGAUUGUACUCAGCCAAAACGUACUGAAGCGAAUCGGUACUUGCAGGGCGCAGUGUAUGCGAUCCUGGAGGCUGAAGCUCGAGCAUUCAAGACAGAAGACCAAGAGAGGCCCGUCACGAUAUUCAUUGACAACGGCAGUAGCCUGAAUGGCGUAACUGAGGAGUUGGUGAAGAAGCUCUGGAUGUCACUGAAGAUGUCUCUGCCGUUACCAGGGUUUCCUUUGACAACGGGAACAUUCGAAGUCAUGCCUGUUCCUGAAGGAAAGGACAUCGUUUUAGGCAUGAUGUGGCUGCGGGAGCAAAACCCUGACAUCGGCUUGAGUACUGGACAGAUAGCGCCUCGCAUCAACGCAGAGAACACGCAGACUGUAAAGUUGAGACUGCCGAAGACACGUCCAGUCCGUUGGGUGGCAGGGCAACGCCGCGCAAGAGUUGCGCAAAGCCGCGAGAUUUUCAAUUACUAUCGGCAGCAUGGCCACCACGGCCAGUUUGGAUGA